AAUACAGACAGAUCAGAUCAAACCAACUCAACCUCCCAAAAGUCUGGCUUCCCCUCUUCCAGUCCCACCUCUCUAUCUAAUCGCCCCUUCCAGAACCUUCUAGAACCUCCCAAUGCCGCUCCACCAUCCCAAGCACCGGCACCACCACGACGAGGACGUUCUACCCUACCACCGCUCCGACGACGAGGCCAAGCCGCGCCGCCCCUACGCCCCCUCCAGCUUCCCCACCUCUCCUGCCUCCCCCGCUUCUGCUCACCGCUUCCUCUUCCUCUUCGCCGUCGUGUGCCUCCUCCUCGCCGUGGCCUCCCUCGCCUUCGCCGUCUCCGUUAUCCGUCGCCCUGCGCCACUCCAGCCGCCCCCCACCUCCGUGGUCUUCCGCUGCGGCCGUGCGGAGGAUUCCCUCCGCUCUUUCCUUGCCUCCUCUCAGAACUACUCCACCGGCGACAGGGAGAAGGUGCUCGCCGUCGUCGGAGUUCAUACGGAGCUUGGAUCUGCCGCCCUGCGCGCCGCGCUCCGCGCCACCUGGUUCCCGCCCAACCCUGAAGGCAUCGUAAGUGUGGAACAUCGAUUUGGUUUAUCUUUUAGGUUUGUCAUUGGAAGGACAAAUGACAAAGAAAAAAUGGCAGAUCUUCAGAAAGAGGUAGAUCUGUAUCAUGACUUUUUGUUCAUUGAUGUUGAAGAGGGUACGAAGUCCCCACAAAAGAUGCUAGCAUAUUUCAAAGCAGCUUAUGACAUGUUCGAUGCAGAAUUCUACAUCAAAGCUGAUGAUGCUAUCUAUCUGCGCCCAGAUAGACUUGCUGCUCUCCUUGCGAAGGACAGACCUCAUCACCGGACUUACAUUGGUUGCAUGAAGAAAGGACCAGUUGUCAGUGAUCCAAAUAUGAAAUGGUAUGAAAGUUCAUGGGGAUUAUUAGGCAAUGAGUACUUCAUGCAUGCAUCUGGUUCACUGUAUGCUCUAUCUUCAGAAGUGGUGGGAGGUCUAGCUACUGCAAAGAAUGAUAGUUUAAGGAUGUUUGAUUAUGAAGAUGUUACCAUUGGCUCAUGGAUGCUUGCCAUGAAUGUAAAGCAUGAGGAUAACCGUGCAAUGUGUGAUUCUACAUGCACUCCCACCUCCAUUGCUGUAUGGGAUAGCAAGACAUGUUCAGGUUCCUGUAACCCCGUUGGGAAAAUAAAGGAGCUGCACAACACAACUUUGUGCUCAAAAAGCCCAACAUUACCACCUGAUGUGGAGGAGGAAGAGUAGAAUAGAUACAGUUUUGGUCCAUGACUGGGUUAUUGUGUUGAUGCCAAUUUCUCUCACACUGGGAAAUUGGGUUCAUCAUCCGCUAUAUUGUUAUAUCUAUCACCAACCUUGUUCAGAUGGCAGUCUUGUUCUAGCCCCUUGCUGCUGGAGAAUACAUGCAGAAGGAUUGCGCCACACGAGCAAUGUAGCAUUUGAGUGUAUACUCUUGGUUGAUCAAUGGAAACAACACUUGUCAUAGGUACAGGCACAUUGAUGUGUAUUGUCAGGUGAUAGAUGAGCAUUUCUUCCAUCCUGUUGCUAUGUAAGCGGAUCAUACUUAUGGAUACUUCCCUAUAGUUGAUGUUCAUCGAAUGUACAUACACCACUGUGAUGUUGUUAUGUACUGUUGCUUGACCACCUGACAGCACGAUCAGGGUAAUUUAUAAAUUUAUAUUUACUGCCGUCUGAUUCCAGCAGUAUUUC